CGCUGCUGUAGAAAAAAAAAAUUUUGUUGUACUGUUUUGGAUCAACUGUUUAAAAUUAUGUAUGUAUGCCGAAAUUAAGACAAUUUUUUACAAAGUUAUGUUGUAUGGGCAAUUAUGGACUUAGAAAUUGAUGUGUAUUUAUGUAUGGAAUUUUGUAUUUUUAUUAAUCGUGAUAUUUGAUGCAAUCCACAGAAUUCCCAUAAUUUUUGGGCUUUAUAUGUAUGCUUUGAGGAAACUGGAAGGGAAUUUAUGUAGGUAGUUCGCAUAGCAAAAAUAAAAUAAGUAUAUGAUAAAUGUUAAGUAUGUGUGUAUAUGCGAUUUCUUGCUGGAAAAUGAUUCACUUUGCUUUGAACCCGAUUGGAAUCUUGAUGGGCUCAAAAAAUUUUCUUUCUGUACUUCACUUUGUACAAAUUUGCAAGCUACAAAAUUUACGGAUUUUGCAUAAAUAUAUAUACCUACAUCUGUAUGGUAGAUAUGUAGGAGUAUGUAAGUCCUCAGGUACACUGUAUGUAGAGCUAUGAAGUCUGCCUGAAUGGAGUCAAUUUGACAUCGAAUCGAUUUGGUUAUCAUAUUUUCCACAAUGAUUCGAAAACUAAAUGCAUAAACAUGUUCUAUUCAUAAAUAUUUCCUACUUAUUAAUAAUAUUAUAUGUGAAAGAAAGGCGAAAACGUAUGUGUGGUAUCAACAACCGGUUAAAAAUAUUGAGUUACUUACACGUACACCCUUUAUAAAAACAUUGGGAUAUAUUUUUCCUCCAAUAUUCUUCAGAAUAAUAUGUUUUGGAAGUUCUGGAAGGAAAUAUUAAUCCCAGCUUACCAAGAAACUUAUUUCAGUACCUGAAACCGAACCCUUCCUCAGGUACCCGAUUCGGCGAGCAAAUGACCCUUCAAUUUUCAUGGCCUGCUAUUUAUGUAUCUGACUGCUUCCUACCACAUUAACUCAUCAUUGACUGCCACCAGUAAGUCAAAAGUCCAGCAUUCGAUAUUCAGUCUUCAUGAGUAAUUUUGUCCUCGAUCAGUACACAUAUUUUAUAGCAUUUUAGCUAAAAAAAAAUCAAUCCACAUUCCAACCAAGGCGUAAAACCUGACAAUAAAUCUGUCCCAGAUUAAAGUGAGCAACUGAAAAAGUAUAAAUGAACAAUUUAAUCUUGAUAAGUGCGUGAUAAGAAGAGAACUUUUAAGUGUCUAUUAUGGAAAUCGCUAACCGUAUUGUCCCGGGACGCAGCAUUCACAACCAGGGAACAAGUUUCAACGACAACUACAGGUCCCAAAGGAUGGAAAAGAUUUCGCCUCAAAUCUUCUUAGAAGACCAACAACCCCUCGUCGUCGCCGAGGAGGAGGCGACAACCCAGCGAAAAACAAACCCGCUCCUGAUUGCGGAGGUGAGUAACUAGAUCGUGGUUUUAGUUUGUAAUUAAUUUUCAUGCAUGCACAGUUGAGAUUUUAUUGGACAAGAAAUAUUCCAUGAGAUUAUUUACGCCGUCUCAUACGACGGCUAAUUGUUUCGUUGGGUUAUCAAGUUGUACAAUUGUAUGUAUUUGCAUGCGUUGUUUAGGUUGGGUUAUAAGAUUUGAUAAUUGAAUUGCAUUGGUUGCCUAAAAAUACGAGAUUUUGGUGGAAUUAUUCAAUUCAGAAAGUUGUUGGCUACAUACGUACGAAGACGGUUAUCAUUUGUUUAUACAUAGUUGAGUUAUUAUGUAUGCAGGUGCGAGUUCAGAAAAUAAUUAGUCAAAACUAGGAAAGAGUAAAUUAGUAAAUAUGAGAGGCAAAUUGAGACAUCCAGUGGUGAUUUGCAUAUAAAAUCAUUCAAUACGUAACCAAAUGUAAAUUAAGAGGCAUAUUGAGACUACUUAACAUAUACAAAAUUAAAUUAUAAAAAUUGAGUUUUCUCUAAUAUUUAAUUUUACUUUAGUGCAACCAUUUUAUCAACAUUUGUUUUUUACAAAAUAUUCAUCCAAUAUUUUGCGAGUUUUAUGACUAAUUAGGUAACAAUAAUGUAAUUAUAAAGUAGCUAAUAUCCUCCAAUUUAUCUUGCCAGGUCCUCGACGUCAUUUUCCCCUGCUUGGACCACGCCACCCUGAAGACCUGCCGCACCGUGUCGUCCCUUUGGUCCGUCCUGGCCACCCCGCUGCUCCGAUCCCGCUCCCAGGUCAACCUCGGCGAUCCCCUCAUCGACGAACGGAGUGACGCCUUCCUCUCCACGAUUUCCUCCUCCGCCACCCUGCCCAUGGCCAGUCUCACCUACAAACUCUACCACACCCCCUCCACCUCCCCCCUGUCGGACAGAGCGUCCCAUUUCUUCACCCAAUUUGGUCAUUCCCUCACCUCGCUUACCCUGCAAGCCUACGCCUUUUCCAAUUCGAAGGACUAUUUCUCCAUCGUGUCCCACCUGGUGGGUCGCGACUGUCCCUCCUUGACCCGCUUGGCCUUGACCCACCUCCAACAUCUCGACUACAAAGACCCCCUCGACCCCGCCAUCCUGAAUUUCACGUCACCUUCAAUCCGCCACUUUACCCUCUCCUUCGGAUCGAACUUCUUCCCCGGACCGAGAAGUGUGUCGAACUGCGCCGCAGUUUUUAGCUCCCUCCUCGCCAUCGUGCCCAACGCUACGAGUCUCACCACCUCCUGCCCCGGUGGGGGUGAAACCUUCCUCAGGACGUUGAGAGACUACAAUAUCUCGGCCCACCUAACCAGCUUUUCCCUCACCAGUGCCCCACUCGACAUGGGGGCGAUGAACGUGCUAAAUUCAAUGAACUUCGGAAAACUCACCUCUCUUAAGAUCAACACCCAAUUCACAGUGCAGCCUGAAUUUAUCCACUUUUUAGAAAAGUUGAGCCCCACUUUGGAAAAACUUGUCAUUCAUGGCGACAAAUGGGGGGUAAUGGCGACAUAUGGUAACGGAUUUACAAUGGAUUUCCCCCUCAUGCCAGAACUCAGGGUGUUUCAGCAUGAGAGUUAUGAAUGCUUGCGAGUUGCGGGGGAUGAUUUUCUACAAAGAUUGCCAAAUUUGGGGGAGCUGGUGAUUCGCGAUUUUCUAUCCUCCUUGGUAGAUAUGAGGCGGACCGUGUACGGAACAAUGUUCAGCCCGAGGGGGGAAAUGAGGCCUAAUUAUGCCAACGUCCAUGUUAAGAAGGUCGUUCUGGGUGUCGUCUUUGUCCCUUCGGAUGAAAAUCUGGGGGUGAUGGAGACACUGCUAAAAAUGUUUCCAAACGUGGCAGAGUUGGAGGUCGCGGUCAGUUUUGCGUAUCAGAACGUGCACGUGGGUCAAGUUUUGGACACGCUGGCCAAAUCGAAGAUCAAGAAACUCAAGAUCACGUUUUUACAGUGUUCUGAACUCAUUUCUGAGAGGGUUGCAGCAUCAUUUCGUUCCGUGUUAGGGAAUUAUUUGCCCAAAUUUUCUGAACUUCAACGGGUCGAAUUUAUUUUGGACGACAUGCCACCAAUGGCAAGAUUCAAUUUGCCACUUGGCAUUGUCAAAGGGAUUUUGUGCACCAAGUCGUUGAGCGUCCUUAACCUGACCGGAUUUUCCCUUGGGGAGAACCUCGAAGAGACGGAAAUGUGUCGCCAACUCGUUGAUGAAAAAUUGGUCCAGUGGAAACUUAGUGAAGGUGUCAUCACACGCUCACUAAUUUCACUAGCUUCAAAUUUUAGUAAUUUCGAGUAUAAGUUAGUAGAUUAUUAGAUUUUUGGCGUCUCUUUGCAAAAGUAAUAAACCGUAGUAACGUUAGAAGUAGCUCACCCUGUCAUAAUGAUUAGACAGAACUUGGCACCGAAGGUGCGGAAUAAGCCGGCAAAAUAGAUCAUAACUCGUAUAUAUUCUUGCACCCAUGGUGCAACAAAAACGACUAGCCGUUGCACCAUUACUGCAUCAUUAGGGACGAUCCGGCAUUCAUAAUUUUGAAAACUUUGUCAAAAUUGUAUGACCAUUUCUCCCGGAUAUUUUG